GCAGCAUCCUCUCCUGCAGCCCUGAGUACCUGACUCGCCAAGCUCCCGUCCGUCAGUCUGGCAUCAGCGUGAAACACAGGUGGAAAAUUCACGCACGGGCCUGGGCGCCGGUGACCUCGUAGGUCUGCCCUACCCCUUCGGGAUCCAGUCUUCAGGGAAGCUCAGGCCGCUCAGCCCGUCCUGCCCUGCUGCAGAGCAAGCCCACCGCCGUGGAGCCACCGCUCACGCCUAUCGAGGCACUUCAUGGACUCUCAACCACAAGCAGCUCAUGCGCGUGUGGUCCCUUCGCAAGAUGAAACACAUAGCAGCGUCGCCGGUCGAUAAGCUUUCGGAAGUCCUGGCUUGUUAUUUAAGCAAAGCCAGGCUGCCCGUUGUGAUUUUUGGGCGCACGCAUCCCUGCUCCCUCUCUUGAGUGGUGCUUACACCGACCGACGGCUUGUGGGUCCCGAGCACUGUGCCCCUGGGGAUGUUCUCCCUUGAGCUCAAAGCAGCAGCUGUUGACCUGGACCGACCCAGCGGGGUGUAUUUUGGAGCUGCCGGGAAGGAGCUCUCGUCUUCGGAGCUAUCCUUGAGCAGAUGACUGACAAAGUAAUGAACGGGAGGGUGCCCCUGCCUGAAAAAGCCUUGUCCGAGGGCUACGCCCGGCUGCGGUACAGGGACACCUCUCUGCUCAUCUGGCAGCAGCAGCAGCAGAAACUGGAGUCGGCCCCCCCCAACACUUACCUGAGCCGGAGUCGGAGUAUGUGGUACUCGCAGUACGGCAACGAAGCCAUCCUGGUGCGGGACAAAAACAAGCUGGAUGUCUCCAGGGACACGGGACAAUCUAAGUUUUGUGCUAUUAUGUAAUUUCGGUGGUUUUGCUUUAGAAAUUCACACGACGAGACAAACCGGACUUGCAUCAAGCUGGGGGAGGUGGGUUUGCACCAUCCGCACUACAGACCUGCGGCUAAAGCGGUGGGUGCAGGAUAGGCCAGAAAGGCUGUCUGAAGUCUACGUUUGUUUUCCCUGUUGGUAGCAUCAGAUUUUGCAUGUCAUUGAGCUUGUGUAACCAAAACGGUCUCACUCGGGCACUCAUGAGCCUGUGUUUGCUGCCUAGCAUCUUGGCAGGGGCCACGCUGGACCACAUGUUGCUUCUAAGUGGCUUGUGUACCAUGAGAAACACCCGCUGCCAUUUGGGAGCCGUCCCCAGCAGGCACUUUUACUUGCUAGUCCUUACGUGUUGUCAAUGCUCUGUAAAUCCUGGUUGGAGAAAGACGAGCGCAGAUCCAUUUCCAUCAAGGCUAAGAUUUUAGGAAGGUCAUCUCCAAAACUACCCGGCCAUGACUUGUUCUGCUUGCCCUGUUUCCCUUUAAUUACUGCCCUGGAAGUGGUCUCUUACAACCAGGUAAUGAAGUGAUUUAUUGUGGAGGGAAAGAUGGAAAGAACAUCUGGAGAAUUUAAUCUGACCUUCAAAACACCUGGCAGGAAAACUGCACUGCGGUUUCAUUCUGU